AUGUCGAAAGUGAUAACCGUUAUUGAUGAUGUUAUUUAUCGGUUGGCUAAAGGCAGUAUGGACGUUAAACUAAUGCCUACAAGUGACGGACGCGAUGCACGCGCCGCUCUGCUUCGAGAAGUACGAGGUCACCGGCGACAUGCCGCGGGUGCCGGAGGAGGUGAUCGAGUCGAUCAGAAGGAACAAGGUGUGCCUGAAAGGCGGCCUGGCGACGCCGAUGGGGGCGGAGUGAGCUCGCUCAACAUGCAGCUCCGGCGAGAUCUCGAUCUCCAUGCGUCUCUUGUGAAUUGCUUCAAUCUGCGUGGCUUGCAGACCAAGCAUGAAAACGUCGACAUUGUCGUGAUUAGGGAGAACACCGAGGGUGAUCACAAAGUUCUGUUCUGAGCGUAUUGCUAAAUAUGCUUUCAAGUAUGCAUACCUAAUCAAUAGAAAGAAGGUGACUGAUGUGCACAAGGCAAACAUUAUGAAGCUUGCAGCUAC